CGUGGGAUUUCAAAGCCUUGCACGUCUACCUAGGUCCUUACAUCAAAAGCUAUGUCUACGUUACCAAGCUAUCUUCAAAUGGGAAUAAAGCCACUGGAUUUCACAGACAGGAGGUAUUUUAGAUUUGGGAUCAUGGAACUUUCCUUAAAAGUCUUGUCAAAAGAAGUACUGAAACCUGAACAAUUUCCCAAGGUUCUUCAGAGAAAUGACUCCCAGCGGGUCACAGAUAGAACCUAUUUCGUUGAUGGUUCCAACCAGGGUCUGAAAACCAUCCCGUCAGAGAUUUUGGCAUUGAAAGAAUUAGAAGAACUGCAUCUGGAGAACAACCAGAUUUCAGAAAUCCCCCAGGACAUUCAGAAUUUAAAGAAUGUCAAGGUCCUCUACCUGCACAAGAACAAACUGCAGUGUCUAAGCCAGGAGCUGGGGUUUCUGAGCAGCCUGGAGUCGCUGGACCUGAGUGGCAACCCGCUGCUCUACUCCUCCCUGCGGGUACUCGGUUGUCUCCGCACGCUUCAGGAGCUGCGGCUCUACCAAACCGGCCUGAGAGAGGUUCCCUCGGUGAUCUGCAAAUCGCUGCACCACCUGGAGCUGUUAGGGCUGUCGGGGAACAACCUGGAAUCGCUGCCCAAAGAAAUCGUGAACCAGAGCAAGCUCAAGGAGAUCUACCUGAAACACAAUCAGUUCUCUGCUUUCCCUAGCGACCUCUGUGCCCUUUCCAACCUGGAGGUGAUCGAUCUGGACCACAACAAGCUUAAGGCCAUCCCGGAUGAAAUCGGGAACCUGGUGAGGCUGCAGAAAUUCUACGUGGCGUCUAACAACCUGCCUCUUCUACCGGAGUCUCUGAGCCGGUGCACCAAGCUGUCGGUGCUGGAUUUGACCCAAAACCUCCUCCACACUCUCCCGCCCAGCCUGGAGCUGCUCACUGAGCUCAACGAAGUCGGGCUGAGUGGGAACCGCCUGGAGAAGGUGCCCCGCCUCCUGUGCCGCUGGUCGACGCUGAACCUGCUCUACCUGCGCAACACAGGCCUGCGCGGACUGCGGCGCUCCUUCAAGCGUCUGGUCAACCUGCGCUUCCUGGAUCUCAGUCAGAACCACAUUGACCACUUCCCCGCGCAGAUCUGCGCGCUCAGGAACCUGGAGAUCCUGGCCCUGGACGAUAACAAAGUGACACAGGUAUUACUUCCUUCCCGCUGUCACUGUGCUCGCCUUUCCUUGAUGUGGCACUGUGUCCAGCCAAAGCUUAAAGAGCUAUAUAUAGAAAACAAUCAACUGGAGCAGCUGCCUGCAUCCUUGGGGUUAAUGCCAAACCUGGAAGUUCUUGAUUGUCGGCAUAAUCUUCUCAAGCAACUUCCAGAUGCCAUUUGCCAUGCACAAGGUUUGAAAGAGCUGCUGCUGGAGGACAACUUGCUCACCCGCCUCCCGGAGGACCUGGACCACCUGGUGAACCUCAAGGUCCUAACGCUGAUGAACAACCCCAUGGAAGACCCCCCAAUGGCAGUGUGUGCCCAAGGCAAUGAUGCCAUAUGGAACUGCCUGAAGGAAAAUAGACUUAGGAAAAUAAUGGUCACGAAGAUUCAGGCAUGGUGGCGUGGAAACAUGGUGCGGAGAGGAGAUGGGGCUUUUGAAGAGCUACUGAGAGCCCGAAGAAAAGGGAAAAACUCUCCAAAAGAUAAGAAAGGGAAAAAGGCUGCUGCCAAAGGAAAGAACACAGGUAUGGACAUCAACACAGACUGCAGCCACAGCAGGACCAUGAACCCAGACAUGGCUCUCGGCAGCAGCCUUGGCCUUAAUGACACCAUGGCCCCGGGUGACAGCAUAGGCCACCCAGAUCAGCAUGGCUCCAGCAGCAGCAUGGCCCACAGGCACCAACAUUACCACAGGUUAUGGCCCAGACCCAGGGCAAACAUUUGGCACUUGAUGGCAACAUGGACCACAGGCAUCAGUAGAGACCCCAGCUAUGAUAGGACCAUGGACCAGACACAUCCCUCUGCAGACCUAGCCCAGAUGACACCAUGGCCUCAGGUAAAAACAGAUUUGCAGAAAUGGCUGCAAAAGGAGGGUGCCGAUAGCGUCCCUAUAUCUACCUUUUCGCUAUGGCACCUGGUUCGCGAUGCCCUACUUACUGAUAAAGUGAAAGUGAGACCGGAGGUCAUCGCGGCUAAAGAGAUACUUGUAGAAAUACUGGAGGAAGAGACUCGCUGGUCCAUAGGAUCGGCAGAGUCACACGGGACCAAAAGGAAAUGUCAGAGGUGCCAGGGGGAACUUUGGAAUCUGGUGCGGGACUAA